CUCAUCGGACUCGGUCGCAGUGUGAGACUGUCGGGGCGACGAGAGGAAGAAUCGGCCGAGUCAGGGGCGAAACGGUGGCGCAAAGCUUCAAAUCACUGCCAGAGACUGAGAUCGGCCGAGGAUUCUUCUAUUUGGGGCGCGGGGAGAUCAGCUGGAGCUUUUGCUGUUGGUUCUUCCAUUUCUUUCAGUCUGUCUGGGCCCUUCUCCUCCCCCGACCCCUCUGCUUCCGGCUGACACUGAAGGGGGUCGGGGUUCGGGGGCAACAUGUUCCAACCCACCCCAAAAAGGUGUUUUACCAUCGAGUCGUUGGUGGCUAAAGACUUGCCGAUCUCUCGCUCCGACGACCCCAUCCGACCCGCCGCCCUCAGUUAUUCCAACUCUGCGCCCCUGAACCCUUUUAUCAACGGCUUCCACCCCACGGCCAGGGGCGUCUACUCCAACCAGGACUUGGUCUUUGCUGAAGCCAUUUCUCACCCGCCCAACCCGGCUGUCCCUGUGCACCCAGUGCCCCCACCCCAUGCCCUGUCAGCGCACCCCCUGCCGAACCCUCACUCCCCGCACCCCCUUUUUUCAUCUCAGCAACGCGACCCCUCAACCUUCUAUCCCUGGUUAAUACACCGGUACCGCUACCUGGGACACAGAUUCCAAGGCAACGACCCGAGUGCUGAGAGUUUCCUUCUCCACAACGCACUGGCCCGAAAACCCAAACGGAUCCGCACCGCUUUCUCCCCCUCUCAGUUACUGCGCCUGGAACACGCCUUUGAGAAAAACCACUAUGUUGUGGGCGCAGAAAGGAAACAGUUGGCGCAUAGUCUCAACCUCACCGAGACCCAGGUAAAAGUCUGGUUUCAGAACAGAAGGACCAAGUUCAAGCGUCAGAAACUGGAGGAAGAGGGGUCGGAUUCUUCCCAAAAGAAAAAAGGGGCUCAUCACAUCAGCAGAUGGAGAAUCGCCACCAAACAAGGGAGCCCCGAGGAGAUCGAUGUCACAUCGGACGAUUAACAACGAGCACUUGGGACUUCCACAUUCUUUUGCUUUUUAUGGACUUUUCAAACGAGAAAAUAAUAAUAAAAGUGUUUGAGCUCCAAUGGAGUCGGACUGGGCUCAGAAGCAGAACUCACAGGGCAGAAAACAGAGGAGAGACAGAGAUGGGCGACCCCCAAAGUGGCCUGGGCUUCAAGGUCAAGCGGCAGGGGUCAAGGUCAUCCCCAGGGAUUCAGAGGAUAAGAAGGACUGCGUUAUCGCAUCGCAUCAACUCGUUUCUUUUGCACUUCCAACAUUUCUCCUUCACAAUCCCACCAAACAGUCAAAACUCAAUUUAUACAAAAUCCUGUUUUUUUUUUUUAAAAAAAAAAAAUUAUUUCCCAAAAACUUGAAUUGCAUGACAAAUCAUCAGUCAAAUGGGUUGUAACCCCCAUAAAACAGUUUAUAGACCCUUUUUUCACUUUAUAAUCUAAAGAGGUGUUUCAUCCUUAAGUUAACUUUUAGUAUAUUAUAGAACGGCUAAUUCUAAGCAACCUUUCAAUUGGUCUUUAUUAUUUAUUUAUUUUUUUUUAUAGUUUUUUAAUUAUUUGCCUUCUUUCAAAUGUGGGUCACUGAAAAACAAAUGCUCAGUAAGGCUACACAUUUAUUGUUAUUGCUACUUUUUAUUCCUCAUCUUUCUAUUCAGGCCUCUCCUAUUCAUAUUCCAGUCUCUUAUUCAAAUCAAUGCAUGGUUGCUAGAGGAAUUUGGACCCUAGCAACCAGAUGGCUGAAAUUGCAAACUAGAGAGCCGCUGAAUAAAAAGCUAAAUAAGUCAAAAAUGGCAAAUGAUAAAAAAUGAAAACCAAUUGCAAAUUGUCUCAGAAUAUCCCUCUCUACAUCAUACUAACAGUUAAUUUAAAGGUGAACAACCCCUUGAAGAGAAAAUAUUUCAGCAUUGGUGUGCCCUUCCCUUCUGCCCAAUGCCCCCCUGGAUCCAAGGAAAGGCUUUGGCCGCUGCAGCACCUCUUGGACAAUCUCCCUACAGAUUCCUGACGUCAUGGAGGGUAACACUUUAGGUGCAAUAUGAUGACUGAUAUAACGCAGCUGGCCAAGAUGUUCUGCAGCAGCAGCAGUUUUACAUGUGAAAGUCGUACUGAGUGUUGGGAUGGGAGGGACAAUAUUGGGGGGGUCAGGAUUGUGAAUUCAAGUCAUAUUCGCAAAAUUAUCUGGCAUUUUAUUGAUCGUACAGAAAUCACAGUUGUUCAGUAAAAAAAAAAAAUAUUUUGAAAUGCUGCAGAAAUAAACAGAGGGGAGUGUUUGUGUGGACUUGGAUCUGAAGCAUUUCCCACGGUGUCUGGUGCUUUAACCCUACAGACUUGGCACAAGGAGUCGCCAAAAAUGACAGUUUAAUGGAUCAUUUUGCAGAACUGAUCACUUUGGGGUUUUUUUGGCAGUACUUCGGAAGCACUGAGAUUUUAUUCUUCCCAAUAGUAAAAAAAACGCUACUAAACAUGGACAACAACAACACAAAUAUCCUAAUGUUUCCCUAAUGUCUUCUACACCAGAUUGUACAUAUUUUUGUGUUUGUGUUCAUUUGUUAGAAUUCUAACACACGAUAUACUUCCAAGAAGUAUGGGAACUUGUCAAUAUUUUGUCAAUAAAGAUUUAUCCAAAUG